AUGGCAAGCUGCUUGUCACCUGAACAAAGGGAGAAAAGGAAGAGGGAUGGAGAUGAUGAUGCCAUGGAUAGAGGCGCUGGAAGAGCACUCCCCAUGCUUGUCUUGAGGAGAACACCACCCGGGACUUGGUGGCUGACAUUGAGAAGGUCAUGUUCGUCGGAUUGCAGGGCCAGUCUCACUCACCAACCAACCUCGCCUUCUUGCUCUGUUUAUUGUGCUACACCUCUUACUGAAUUCCAGUCGCUAUAUAUUAUUUGUUACCUGUAUAUAUGUACCACUCUGUGUGUAGCAUUUUUCUAA